CAGAAAUUGCCAUUCCCCUCUUCGUAUAGCCGAUCUCUAUAUGUGUAUUGAGUUCCCUGCUGACAUUGGUGUCGGAGAUUAUGCCGGAGGUCAUGUGUGACAGCAAUAUUCGGUUACAUUAUGAUUUUCGAGGAUGUUAAAUAGAUGAUUCCACUUUCGUGGGUUUGACGAUUUGUUUGUUCGUUCCCUUUUGGUAUUUCCUCUGGGGACGUUGGUGGUGUUCUAUUGCUCUUCAUUUCCUGUGUUUCUGUUUCUGAGUAAAUACUAAUCAGAUGUGCUGCAUUGCCCGGGAAUUGCCAGUUUUAAUUUUCAUGGGAGUGCUGAUCUACCUUCGGACCACACAUUUAUUUCUCAUACAUUCAUCUGUUUGUUGCGAUUUUAAGUCCCUUUGAAGAUGUCACCCGUGACAAAGCAACGUAGAGCUGACCGUGGCUGAACACUGGAUUUGGCAAAUAUAUUGCGACCCUAUUUAAGGAAAUUGCAAAUAAAAACUAUUUGGGCUUGUCGGCCCAAGAGAGCUCACCUUAAACGGCGGCCACCUGCUUCACCGCUGCUCACUGUUGUCCUUAAAACCUCAAUAACGUCAAACUCUUUGUUACUGUAUCUUCUCGGAAGAUGUUUCGGAUUUCAAAGAUUCAACUCUGUUUCCCUCUCUCAACAUUCAUCAAGAGAUUCUCCUCAUUUCAAGCUACUAAAUCGGUUAUCGAUAAAGCGGCAAUCGAUGGGGAGCUAAGAGUUUUCAUCGUCUCCGGCGAAGUUUCCGGCGAUAACAUCGGCUCUCGUCUUAUGGCUUCGCUCAAAAAGCUAUCUCCUCUACCUCUCCGUUUCCAUGGAGUUGGAGGAUCAUUGAUGUCCAAGCAAGGAUUGACUUCGUUGUUUCCUAUGGAAGAUUUGGCUGUAAUGGGCGCGUGGGAGCUUUUGCCGCAUUUGUAUAAAUUCCGUAUGAACUUAAAGGAGACCAUUGAUGCUGCAUCUAAGUUUAAGCCACACGUUGUUGUGACUGUUGAUUCAAAAGGCUUCUCUUUCCGUCUACUUAAGGAGUUACGAGGUAGAUACAAUCAGCAGCGCUUGGAGAAUCGUCCUGUGCAUUUUCACUACGUGGCACCGUCGUUCUGGGCCUGGCGAGGAGGAGAAUCAAGGCUUGGAGGUCUCUCUGAGUUCGUUGAUCAUCUUUUCUGCAUUCUCCCAAACGAGGAAAGUGUUUGUAAAGAACAUGGUGUGGAAGCAACAUUUGUUGGACAUCCCGUUCUUGAAGAUGCUUCUUACUUCAGCCUUGUGAGGACGUUCAAGCCUCAGGAAUCGAAUCUUGAAGGCUCGAGUUUUAGCAAAUACUCAUUACCUUCUGACUCGACGGUCAUUUCGAUUUUACCCGGGAGCAGAUUACAAGAAGUCGCAAGAAUGCUACCAAUAUUUUCCAAAGCAAUGAAUCUACUCAAAGACUCGUUUCCGAAACUAGUAACGCUCAUACACGUCGCAUCUAAUAGUCAAGUGGAUCAUUACAUUGGAGAAUCCCUCUGUGAAUGGCCGGUUCCAGCCAUUCUAGUCCCUAGUGGAUCCACUCAGCUUAAAUAUGAUACCUUUGCCGCGAGUCAGGCUGCGUUAUGCACUUCAGGAACAGUCGCUGUUGAGUUGCAGCUUGCUCGUUUACCUUCCCUUGUCGCAUACCGAGCACAUUUUCUAACGGAGCUAUUGAUCCGUUACAAAGCCAAGAUACCUUACAUUUCUCUCCCAAACAUUCUCCUGGACUCACCAAUCAUCCCUGAAGCCUUGUUCCAAGCCUGCAACCCUUCGAAUCUCGCCUCGAUACUCGAGAGACUUCUCUUGGAUGAAAAGAUGAGAGAAAAUCAAGUUGUUGCUGCUGAAAAGUUGAUACGCCUCUUGAAUCCAUCAGAAAGGGGAAUGAGAAACUCGAUUAGUUGCAGUGAUUUUGAAUAUACACCAAGCAAUUUAGCAGCUUCGACUAUUCUAAGUUAUGCCAAGCGUUGAAGCUUAAUUGAGAAGAAAGAUCCUUGCUUCCAACGCUAACGUUUGAGGUCAUUACAUUGUCAUUGCUUGUUAUUUCAGUAGGACCCUUCCUUGCUAAAUAUUUUCACCAGCUUAUGUUGUUACUGUUGUCUUAUCUUAUUAUAAAAAUAAUUAUAUGAAUACAUAUGCUAUGUGUGGAUUUUGUAAUCCAUUUUUUAUUAUGAAUUGUUUGUUUUUAGUACUUUGUUUUAAACCAUUUUAUUUUUCAUUUUU